ACCUUAUCCACUCUGAAAUAAAUCAGAUGUUCCUGCCAUUUUAUCGCAUUUCCAGUUUGUUCUCUCAUUAGGCUAAAACAUGGGGGCUUCUAGCAACUGGAGCUGGCAUGCUGCACUCUUGUGUCUCCUCAGUAUUGGUGCUGAGGUUCUUUGUGAUUGCACUGACCGUGGUAUACAAAUCGAGGGAGGUAAUUUUACACUGACCAAGGAGCUGAAGAAAGGCAGCUUACUCAUCUACAGCUGUAACGAGGGAUACUACCCGUACCCUCAUUUGAACCGCAUCUGCCAGGAAAACGGCUCCUGGAAACCAGCACCCAAGAGGUUUCCACCACAGAGAUGCAAAGUUGUUGAAUGCCCUGAUCCGAAUGUUCUGGAGAAUGGAAACGUCUCUCCUCCUGAGGUCCAGUACGUUGUGGGGAAUGAGACUUCAUAUGACUGUUACCCUGGAUACACACUGAGAGGAUCAUCCAAACGGAUUUGCUUACCAAAUGGGAAGUGGAGUGGCUCCACUCCAAUCUGCAGCCGUGAUUCUGGUGCUGCCUGUCCUGAUCCUGGAGUCCCACCUGGAGCCUCAAGAGCAGGAAAUAUGUUUGAGAUUGAUGACAAAGUGAUAUACACCUGCAAUAGCGGACUGUUUUUGGUGGGCUCUAAGGAAAGAGUGUGUCUGGAGAAUGGCCAGUGGACCGGGACGGAGCCAGCAUGCUACUAUAAGCACACAUUUGAUACCCCACAAGAGGUUGCAGAAUCAUUUGGAGGUGCCAUUAAAGGCACCCUCACCAUUACACAAUCUCUUAAUGAUACCCAAGAAGGGAGAUAUAUCAGGAUUUCAAAAAGUGGGACUCUCAACAUCUACAUAGGUGUGGACAUUUCUGAAAGCAUAGGAAAAGAUGAUUUUGAGAAGGCAAGAGACGCUGUCGUAACUCUGAUUAAAAAGAUCGCCUCCUUCAGUGUGUCUCCAAACUACGACAUCGUCUUCUUCUCAUCCGAAGUAUACAGGGUCGUCAACAUUCUCGAUUUUUUCAGUGCCAACGUGGAACUUAAUAAAGUCAUAGAAGACCUGGAAACAUUUAAAAUAGAAAACAAAAACACUGGAACAGAUCUGAACCUGGUCUUCAAAAGCUUUGAGAACCAGAUGGCUUAUAUAAAGCAACGAGCUGGAGAGGAGGGAUUUAAAGCUCAUCGGCAUGUCCUGAUCCUUUUCACAGAUGGUGCGUAUAACAUGGGUGGUUCUCCUGAGCCUGCUGUUGCCAGAAUAAAGAACAUGGUCUAUAUGAAUCACACUGUGGAGAACCAUGUCGGCACAAGAGACGACUUUCUUGACAUCUAUAUCUUCGCCAUCGGGAGUGACAUCUUUGAUGACGACCUGCAGCCCCUCACUGUAGGAACAGGAGGACGUCAUUAUUUCAGGUUGCUAAAAAACGAAGAAUUACAGGAGACCUUUGAUUCAAUAAUUGAUGAAAGCGAAGUUGUAGGCAUGUGUGGCCUGCACAUGGAUUAUGAAAGGGAGGAGAGUAGAGAAAGCCAAAGGAAAAGAUAUCCAUGGUGGGCGUUUGUUACUGUCCAGGUAGCGGGACGAAUAUCAGAAAAUUGCUUAGGGUCACUGGUGUCGCCGGACUUUGUCCUGACUGCUGCCCAUUGCUUCGCCUCUGUUGGUUCGCUACAGGAUAUAGUAGUUGAAAUUGACAAUGGACGGGGCAGCCUAAGUAAAUAUUAAUGA